AUGUCCGGAUACUACGACACAUUGUGCAGUCUGCAGACACCCACCUCGCCUUUAUCGUACAUUUCCUCCUUAGAGUCGCCGUCGCUCCCACCAUCGCCUGUUCUUCCGACGCUAUCAAUCACCAAAUGGUUGAUUCAAGAGCAAUAUCUGCGCGUGUUCGUCAAGCACCUCACGUGGUGGGCUUCAGACCAUGAUUCAAGCUUGCAGUUCCACGGCAAAAUUGGCGUCUUGCCCAGCCAGAAUAUCGACGAAACAUACGAGCUUGGAAAGUCUGUCAAAUGUGUUCUCACCUACGCUCACCAUCCAGAAGCACGGAAGCAGAUUGUGGUGCGUCUCUUCCCACCGCGUGAGGCAGAUGGUAGAUAUGCGAUGGUUGUCCGUUCCGGAUCCGGAUGGAUGAGCGCACGCGACUUCUUCAAUAAGGAACAUUCUGUCAUGCUUCAAGCAGAAAGCAAAUCAAAAACUUUCAAGGAGCUCUGGAGCAAGGAAAAACGGACUGUAGCCUCCACUGCGAAGAAGCAAGACGAGAAGACCAAAUUGCGGCGUCAGGCCUCAGUGCGGGAGGUAGAUGACAGGUACACAGUCGCAUUCGGCCCAGUAUUCCAUCAGUUCCUCAGGUUGCCACAGGAAAUCCAGGAUAUGAUCUGGGUGACAGCCGCUGGACUCACUGGCAUGUAUCGCCCGUGCCGCCAUCGAACAUCAAACGUGCCGGGCCCACAUAUACACGAGAACUUCUAUCCCAGGCCCGACUCGCCCAUUACGAUAUCCACCAUGUUGCGAGUCUGCAAGGCGCUAAAUGCACACAUGGCUCCCUGGAUCUACCGCACAACCAAAUUUCAAUUCGAGCUCACAGGCUUCACGAAUUUCCUUUGGAUCUCCGGCCCUGAAAAUCGCAAGAAUCUGCGUCGUGUAACCUUCAAAUUUUCCUCUUUAGCUCUACUGCACUGUCUGCGCUGGCUCUCCCCCGACCCCGUCUUUCUGCUUUUCGACCCACCAGCCUAUACCUCACCACACGGCCUGCAGUACUUCUGGCGCUGCCAAAUCCAGGAUCUAGCCCGUGAGCUGCACUUACACACCCUCACCCUCGACCUUCAAGGCGUGCAGCCAAACCACGUGCAGAUGGUUGUGCGCAUUCUGCGCCAGGCAUUUGGGAGCGUAAAAUACAUUAGGUUUCUGGACGAUAGCAAGGAUAUUCCAGAGGGCCACUGGCGGCUGCAAGGGCUGCGGGAGAAGAAGUCGUGGAGGGCUAUGUGUAGGGAAUGGUUUACGGCGUAUAGCGCGAAUGGAGGCUAUAUGUCUGAUGCACGGAGAUGGAAGACGAUGGAAGAUCUCGAGAACGAUAUGGAUGUGAAGAAGGACUUUUUUGACAGCAUAGAUGAUUGGCAGGGCGUGCAGAUGCCGUGA